CCGUCACUAAGUGCUAGCAUGCUUGUAAGCAUUCAACUAUACCGCUUCGAAAUUAUAAAGUGGGAAAAACAAGCGAAGGGUGUAGUUAAGUACCUUAUAACGAACAGCGAAAGUGAAUCAGAUGGUAUACUAUACAAGUGAAAUCGAAAACAUUCCAAUGAUAUUAUGUGUUUGGUUUUAUAUACGUUUUGGUGAUAAUAUUUAGAGAAGGUGGCAAAAUGAGUUCGAUCGUGAACGUGGCCGCCGACGUGAUAUCAGGUUCGGCGAUCGCAGCCGCAGGUACGCAGGUGGCAUGGUUUAUUCCAAUGUUGGUGGCGGCCAUAGCGUACUAUCAAUACGACCAGACUGAUCCAGAGGGUCGGCCAGCAGACGUGGCCGAUACGGAGAUGUUACCGGAAUAUGACUUCGUCAUCGUGGGAGCAGGUUCCGCUGGAGCCGUUGUAGCAAAUCGACUGUCAGAAAUUGGGAACUGGAGGGUGUUAUUACUUGAAGCGGGCGGGGAUGAGACAGAGAUAUCUGAUGUUCCUCUUUUAGCUGGAUAUUUGCAGCUCAGUAAGCUGGAUUGGAAAUAUAAAACAGAACCGUCAGGAACGACUUGCUUAGCUAUGGAAGGUGGUCGUUGCAAUUGGCCCCGUGGAAAAGUUCUUGGCGGUAGCUCAGUUCUAAACUACAUGCUCUACUUGAGAGGGAAUAAAAAAGAUUACAAUAUUUGGGAGUCUAUGGGUAAUAAAGGUUGGGGAUAUGAGGAUGUACUAUAUUAUUUCAAGAAAUCAGAGGAUAAUAAAAAUCCGUAUUUAGCACAAACACCAUACCACAGCACCGGAGGUUAUCUAACAGUCGCUGAAGCUUCAUAUCACACUCCAUUGGUGUCCAGUUUCAUAGAAGCUGGUCUGGAAAUGGGGUAUAUGAAUAGGGAUAUUAACGGUGAAAAUCACACAGGUUUUAUGGUUGCUCAGGGCACUGUUCGUCGUGGCGGUAGAUGUUCGACUUCCAAAGCAUUCCUUCGACCUGCUAAGGAUCGCAAAAACUUUCAUAUCGCCAUGCACAGUUACGUAACAAAAGUUCUAAUAGAUCCGAGAACAAAGAUUGCUUUUGGAGUAGAAUUUAUACGUAAUAAAAUGAUAUACCGAAUCCGGGCAAGGAAAGAAGUAAUAUUAUCAGCGGGAACUAUUAACUCGGCACAGUUACUGAUGCUAUCAGGUAUCGGACCGGCGGAAGAAUUAACAAAACAUCGAAUACCAGUAAUACAAAAUUUGAGAGUUGGCAAGAAUUUACAAGAUCAUAUUGGAUUAGGAGGUUUAGCCUUUAUGGUUAAUAAGAAAAUUUCAAUCGUGGAACACAGACUCCACACAGUCAGCACUUUGAUGGAGUAUGCUGUAUUAGGUGAAGGCCCUUUAACUAUAAUGGGAGGAGUUGAAGGCCUAGGAUUUGUUAGCACUAAAUAUGUCAAUGCGUCUGAUGAUUUCCCUGACAUAGAGUUCCAUUUUAUAUCCGGCUCAACAAACUCUGAUGGCGGCGAGCAAUUGCGGAAAGUGCAUGGCUUAACUGAUCAGUUCUACGAUGCUGUAUUUCGACCAAUAAAUAACAUGGACGUUUGGAGCAUCAUACCAAUGUUGCUACGUCCAAAAAGUAAAGGCUACAUACAAUUGCGUAGCUCAAAUCCAUAUGACUACCCUUAUAUAUAUCCGAAUUAUUUAACAGAUGAUAUGGAUGUGAAAACAUUGAUUGAGGGUGUUAAAAUCGCUGUGGCUGUAUCUCGAACCAAAGCAUUUCAGAGGCAUGGUUCUGUACUUAAUAGUCAUGUAUUUCCAGCAUGUGCGAAUAUACAAAAGUAUACAGAUGCCUAUUGGGAAUGUAUGAUUAGGCAAUAUACGUGCACGAUAUAUCAUCCUGUGGGAACAGCUAAGAUGGGGCCAUAUUGGGAUUCAGAGGCUGUCGUAGAUCCAGAAUUGAGAGUUUACGGCAUCAAAGGUCUCAGAGUCAUCGAUGGGAGCAUUAUGCCUACAUUAGUGAGUGGUAACACAAAUGCUCCAAUAAUUAUGAUUGGAGAAAAGGGAAGUGAUAUGAUCAAAGAAUUUUGGUUGAAAAGAAGAAGAUCCAGAUAUUACGUCUGAGUUAAUGUACAAAGUGUUCAGUGGAAUUUUUAUAUCAGUAUUACGUUGUAAAUAGUU